GUAAUGCACAUCAAUACGUUGCGGCGUCAUUUUACGCGCCUGGGUGACGUCAGCUCCUGCGCCGCUAUGUUUUGAAAAGCCGGUGGAGCUUCAACUACUUCGUUAUGACCGGUUUUAUGCAGGUUUUUAAAACAUUUCGGUUAAAAAAAGAAAUGUAAACAUGCCAAAGUCUGUGAAGAAGCCCUGCACUACUCAGACCUCCAUCAGCAGGUACUUUGGAGGACUGAGCAGCAGCAGCAGCAGACCUCAGUGUGGGAUUAAACCAAAUCCUGCAGAGCAUCGGCUCUCAAGAGGAAAGUUGAAACUUUCCUCUGGUGAUGAAGAUGGGUUGCCAUCAAAACGAACCAAACUGGCUGUGAAGGGCCACCAGGUGGAAGACGUGCAGUGUGAGCCCGGACCUUCUCAGAGUGUUAAAGAGGCAAAGCCGACAUUGAACCGAGGAGGAGGAGGAGAAGGAGGAGGACGAGGAGGUCUCUGCUCCUCCACUUUGGAGAAGCUGAAAGGUUUCUCCUGCAUGAUGGCUGAUCCAUUUCUCCGGGCCAUCGAGGACGAAACAAAGAUGGAUGACCGCAGCGGCAAAAGCUCUAAUAUGAGGAGUUCUGUUUCGCCUAGUUUUGUGGAUUCUCAUCAGCAAAUCAGCAAGACACUGCCUGGGACAGAGAAGAAGCGGGAUUAUGAAACACAGAAUCAUGACGAAGAGGAUCCAGAGCUGGCUGUCACUAAUCUGGGAUUUUGCUUGUCUAAGAUCACAAAGUCAGGAGGAAGGGAGGGAGGCAAGGUUGCAGAGUCUCCAUCAGACUCCAGCGCCCCCUGCAGACGCUCCAGAAGCACAUACACCCCCCUGGAGCAGCAGGUCAUGGAGCUGAAACAGCAGCAUAAGGACGUGCUGUUGGCAGUGGAGUGUGGCUACAAAUACAGGUUCUUUGGAGAAGAUGCAGAGAUUGCUGCCAAAGAGCUGAACAUAACUUGUCACCUGGAUCAUAACUUCAUGACGUGCAGCAUCCCGACUCACCGCCUGUUUGUUCACGUCAGGCGCCUGGUGUCUCAUGGACACAAGGUUGGCGUUGUGAAGCAGACAGAAACGUCUGCGCUGAAGGCGUCAGGGACCAACAGAAACGCUCUGUUCAGCCGUCAGCUCAGCGCCUUGUACACCAAGUCCACUCUGGUGGGAGAGGACGUAAACCCGGUCUGUAGAGUGGCAGACGUGGAGGAGGGGGGCUGUGCUGACGUGGUGUCGGACCCUCCUGACAGCUUCCUGCUGUGCAUCAGUGAGAACUGGGACAAAGUGAAGAAGCAGCUCUCUGUGGGGGUGGUGGCCGUCCAGCCCAGCACUGGAGACGUGUUCCUGGACUGUUUCCCUGAUGGUCCGUCCCGCUCCGAGCUGGAGGGCCGUAUCCUGAGGAUAAACCCAGUGGAGGUUCUCGUGCCUUCGGACCUUUCGGAUCAAACCUCCAAACUGCUGCUCAGUAUCGCUAAUGCCAGUGCUCAGACUGAUGACCGAAUCAGAGUUGAGAGGAGGGACAGCGCUGAAUUUGAGUUCACCUCUGCAAUGAACGCAGUCGUCAAGUUCUACUGUCACACCCCGGAGAAAGACUCGCGCUCUCUGUCGAGCGUGGCCUCCUUCGACAGCCCGGUCAUCUGCUGCCUGGGGCCGCUCAUCCAGUACCUCCAGGAAUUCAAUCUGGAGAGGGUUCUUAGAAACGAAAGCUCAUUUCGGCAUCUGUCCAGCGAAUCAGGGGGGAUGAAGCUGAGUGCUGCCACUCUCAGGAACCUGGAAAUCCUCAAUAAUCAGACAGAUGGGAGCGUGAGGGGAAGUCUGUUGUGGGUGUUGGACCACGUUCGCACUCCGUUUGGACGGAGACUGCUGAGGAAGUGGGUCAGCCAGCCGCUCACAGAGCCGCAGUGUAUAGCAGAAAGACAGGAUGCUGUGCAGGAAAUGAUGGAGUCAGACUCGAUAACUCUGAACUCCAUCAGAUCUCUGCUGUCACAUUUGCCUGAUCUGGAGAGAGGCAUCUGCAGCAUAUAUCAUGGAAAG